CGCAAAAGACAGCCCAUAAUAGACUGUGAUAAAACUAAUGAUGGCUCCCUCAUCAAACAAACCAGACUAUAUAAAGCACUCGAGAUGCAUUUGAAAACCAACUAAUCAGGAUGCAGCCCGUCGGCAGACAGUAUGUGGUGGUCAGGCCUCUGUUUUCAGAGGAUUCCUUUGCAGAGCAGUACGAGAGGAUCAACAGGAACCGCAAAACUCUACGGCACCAUCUGAAAGACUAUUUCACUUGUGAUACGAAUCGUGCAAAGAAUGCAGCUCUUUCCUUUCUUCCAAUCAUUGGAUGGAUGAAGAACUACAACUUCAAAGAAUGGCUGCUGGGUGACAUUGUUUCAGGCAUCAGCACUGGACUAGUGGCAGUGCUACAAGGACUUGCAUUUUCCUUGCUGGCCUCUUUACCACCGGGAUAUGGACUGUACACGGCAUUCUUCCCUGCAAUAGUCUACUUCUUUUUGGGCACCUCCAGACACCUGUCAGUAGGGGCUUUUCCUAUUCUGAGUCUAAUGGUGGGCGCUGUUGUCACACGACUGGUGCCUGAUGAGGGACCCUCAGCUAACAUCACUGGAUUUGAAGGAUUGAGCAUGGAACAGCAGAGAGUUUUAGUUGCUUCCUCGGUUACUUUUGUCAUGGGUGCAUUUCAGCUCAUAAUGGGACUGCUGCAGGUGGGCUUCAUUGUCAUGUAUCUGUCAGAUACUCUAGUGUCAGGAUUCACCACUGCAGCUGCUGUUCAUAUUUUGGUAUCCCAGCUCAGGUUUGUGUUGGGACUGGACUUUCCUGGUAUAAACGGGCCACUCGCAAUUGUAUAUACUUUGGUUGAAGUUUUUAGUCGAAUCACUAACACGAAUGUGGCCGACCUGGUGACAUCUAUUGUGAUCAUGGCACUGGUGCUUAUUGUGAAGGAGAUCAAUGACAGAUUCAAGUCAAAACUGCCUGUGCCGAUACCUAUAGAAGUCAUCAUGACUGUUAUCGCUUGUGGAGUCUCUUACGCAUUCAACUUCGAGGAGCGAUUUGAUGUGGUCGUGGUUGGGGAGAUGGUGAACGGAUAUGAAUCACCGGUUGCUCCAAACCUGGAAGUCAUUAAAGAGAGUGCAGUGGAGGCCUUCCCUAUGGCCAUAGUAGGAUUUGCUGUGGCUUUCUCAGUAGCUAAAGUCUACUCCGUCAAACACGACUACACGAUUGAUGGGAACCAGGAGCUCAUUGCAUUCGGGGUAAGCAACAUUUUUGGGGCAUCUUUUCGGUCAUUUGCCGCCAGCACAGCACUUUCUAGGACAGCUAUACAAGAGAGCACUGGAGGGAAGACGCAGAUAGCUGGAGUUCUUUCAGCCUUGAUGGUACUGAUUGUGAUUGUCGCAGUAGGAUUUUUACUUGAGCCGUUGCCCAGGUCUGUUCUAGGUGCUCUGGUCAUUGUUAAUCUGAAAGGCAUGCUGAUGCAGUUUAGAGAGCUGCCGUUCUUAUGGAAGAAUGACCGGUCUGAUUUUGUUACCUGGGUGGUGACCUUCCUGGCCUCUCUUUUUCUGGGGUUGGAUCUGGGGUUGGCUGUGGGUCUUGGGGCAGAAUUGUUCACUGUGGUCUGCAGGACUCAAUUCCCACGCUGUUCCAUCCUGGCCAACAUUACAGGAACUGACAUUUACAGGGAUCGCAAAGACUACAUCUCUAUUUCCGAACCUGACGGAGUUAAAAUAUUCAAAAUCCCCUCACCUAUCUUCUUUGCUAACAUUGAUUUCUUCAGAGACAAAUUGGUCCAAGCAGUGGGAUUUAGUCCCGUAAGAGUGUUGAAGAAAAGGAACAAAGCCCUGCGAAAGAUAAGAAAAAUGUUGCAGAAUGGGGAACUGGAGGUGUCAGAUGGAGACCUUAAGGUGAGAGAACCAUCAACUGACACAUCAGAGGAUGACAGCAGCAUGGAGGGUCUGGACCAGCCCACUGAUUUCUCUGGCCUUCCAAUCCAGGUGAACUGGAACACAGAACUGCCUGCCAACAUCUCUGUCCCUCCUGUGAACAUGCACAGUUUGGUCCUGGACUUCACUGCCGUCUCAUUCCUAGAUAUAUCUGCACUCAAGGGUCUUAAGAUGACGCUAAAAGAGUUUAUACGAAUCGAAGUGGACGUCUACAUAGUUUCAUGUGAUGUGUACAUCAUGGAGAAACUUCAUCAAUGUACAUUUUUUGAUGACGAGAUUAAGACGUCCAUCUUUUACCCCACACUACAUGAUGCCAUGUUACACAUUCUGGAGAAGCAUACAGAUCAUGGAGAAUUAGAAAAGGAUAUAAGCAGAAACAAUGGAAUCAUUCAGAGAGACUGUAUAACUGUGUGAGGAAGAGAAAACCCUGCUGGAAUACUCUUUAAAUCAUGCCGGAAAGGUUGUGGUAAAUGUUUUAUGAGUGCAGCCAAACAAUACGGGCAGAGAUGCAUUUCACCACUGUCACAGCACAUUAUAGGCAUAUAUUUUAGUCUGGCCAGUGGACAGACACUAAACUCAGGCUGCCUUAAGAAAAGAAAACGCACUAUUUUAGUUUACAGCAGCAUGCAUCCAUUGUUACCAUGUUUACUGGCGAUUUAGUGGCCUUACAGUAAAUGAAUUCAUAUUGUUUGGGAUUUAGCGACAGGACGGAGCGAGCAGAAACAUAUACUUUGGACAUUACAAAUGUAAUUUGUUAAAACAACUUUUUGGCUGAACAAGACCAUAGAACAAGACACGACUUCCUACCUUACAAA